AUGGACCCUUCAAAAUUUUAUCACCAAUUAAGAUACAUAAGAACUAUUCCAGAAGGAAGUUCUGAUUCUGAACUUUCUGACAUUGUUGAAAAUUGUGAAUUCUCACAAUUACUACCUGAUAUAGAAUCUGAUUGUGAUAGUUAUUGUUCACCUAAAAGUACUGAUGUACUUAUUAUUCCUAAUUCAGAUGACGAAAUUUUAUCUGAGUUUGAAGAUGAUAUGCCUCUAGCCCUAAGACUUAGCAAUUUAAGUAAAAAAAUCAAAAAAUCUAAUGUGCCUAAUAAUGUCAAUAAACCUAUAAAAAACAAAUGGGUUGAAGAAAACCUAGAAGUCACAGAAGAUGUACAAUUCAAAGAUUCAUUAGAUUUACCAACAACUAUAACUGAUUUAAAAUUACAUUUCAAUGAUAACACCACAAAUACAUCAGAUUCUUAUGACAAACUUUUUAAAGUAAGACCUCUACUUGAACAAAUAAGAAAUAUUUUAGUAACAGUUCCAAAAGAAGAAUAUUUAGCAGUUGAUGAGCAGAUCAUUCCAACAAAAUCUAAAACUUCAUUAAAACAAUAUAACCCUAAAAAACCACAUACAUGGGGAUAUAAAGUAUUUGUUUUAAGUGGUGUUUCAGGUUUUAGCUAUGACUUUGAAAUAUUUGCAGGAGAACAAACAAAUAAAAUGCCUGACAACUGCCCUUCUCUCUCUACUAGCAGCAAUAUGGUUGUAAAAAUGGCUCAAACUAUUCCACGUCAAAAAAAUUACAAAUUAUUCUUUGAUAAUUGGUUUACAAGCCUGCCGCUUAUGAUAUAUUUACACAAAGAAGGUAUACUUCCUUUAGGAACAGCUCGUUUAAACCGUCUACAAGGACUGACAAUGCCAACUAAAAAAGAAUUUCAAAAGGAAGGAAGGGGAGCUAUGUGUGAAAAAACUACUAAAAUUGAGGAUGUUAAAAUAUCUGCAGUUUCAUGGUUUGACAACCAAAUUGUCACAUUAGUAUCAACCUACGUUGGAAGUCAACCUAUUGUAGAAAAAAAACGGUUCUUCAGGUCACAAAAAACAUACAAGGUGAUACCAUGUCCAAAGUCAGUUGAUGUUUAUAAUUCAAAUAUGGGUGGAGUGGACUUACUCGAUUCAAUGUUAGGUUAUUACAGAAUAUCUACAAAAUCUAAAAAAUAUUAUAUGAAAAUUUUUUAUCAUAUGAUAGAUUUAUGUGUAGUAAAUGCCUGGAUUUUGUACCGUAGAGUUUACCCAGAUACCUAUAUACAAUUAUUAGAUUUCAAACUAUUGAUAUCAGAAGUUUUAUGUGAGGUUUUAAAACCAAGUCCACGAAGAAGAGGUCGUCCAUUGCUGAUAGAAAGUACAACAGAAGCUUUAUACAAUACUAAGAGAAAGAAAAAUGGACCUUGUAUGGAGCUACCAUCAGAAGAUAUACGACUUGAUGGAAUGGACCACUUUCCAAUAUAUGAAAAAAAACCGUGUUCGUUGUAA